AAACUAACAACCAGCGGGAAACAUUUCAAGGCUAGGGUUUCUACUCUCACUCCCUGUCUCUCUCUCUCUCUCCAAGCUUAUCGCGCGCUGUAAGUAAGCUCCUUCCAUCACCGAAUCGGGGAGAGGUUCCAGCUCGAUAUCCUUACGAUUUCGUCCAAAGGAAACUCAUCAUAAUUACUGUGGUUUUUGAGGACGUGGAGAAAUGGCAUCUACUGGACAGCCACAAUCAAUGUCAAAGAGACCUAAUUCAGCAAUAACAAGAGAAGCAGAUCGGCUGAUCAUUACUCCUUUAGGGGCUGGAAGCGAAGUGGGGCGGUCGUGUGUUUACAUGUCUUACAAAGGGAAAACAGUUUUGUUUGAUUGUGGGAUUCAUCCAGCUUACUCUGGCAUGGCUGCUUUGCCAUACUUUGAUGAAAUUGAUCCUUCAACUAUUGAUGUUCUUCUAAUUACCCAUUUUCACUUGGAUCAUGCUGCUUCCCUCCCAUAUUUUCUAGAAAAGACCACAUUCAAAGGACGAGUUUUCAUGACCCAUGCAACAAAGGCGAUUUAUAAAUUGUUAUUAUCGGAUUUUGUUAAAGUAAGCAAGGUCUCUGUUGAAGAUAUGCUAUUUGAUGAAAAAGACAUCAAUAAAUCCAUGGAAAAAAUUGAGGUUAUUGACUUCCAUCAGACAAUGGAAGUUAAUGGUAUCCGCUUCUGGUGCUAUACUGCUGGUCAUGUUCUUGGUGCUGCCAUGUUUAUGGUCAGCAUUGCCGGUGUUCGAGUUCUUUACACUGGAGACUAUUCUCGUGAAGAAGACCGACAUCUUCGUGCUGCAGAGCUCCCACAGUUUUCUCCAGACAUUUGCAUUAUCGAAUCAACAUAUGGUGUUCAACAACAUCAACCCCGACACAUACGAGAGAAGCGCUUUACUGAAGUCAUACACAACACUAUUGCUCAAGGUGGUCGUGUUCUAAUCCCUGCUUUUGCGCUGGGUCGUGCACAAGAACUUCUCCUUAUACUGGAUGAGUAUUGGUCAAGCCAUCCAGAGUUCCAUAAGAUCCCCAUAUAUUAUGCUUCACCACUUGCAAAAAGAUGUAUGGCUGUUUAUCAAACCUAUAUAAAUUCCAUGAAUGAGAGGAUCCGCAAUCAGUUUGUCAGCUCAAACCCCUUCGAUUUCAAACACAUCUCUCCUCUGAACAGUAUUGAGAAUUUUCAGGAUACAGGACCAUGUGUGGUGAUGGCAAGUCCAGGUAGUCUUCAGAGUGGGUUGUCAAGGCAGCUGUUUGACAAAUGGUGCUCUGAUAAGAGAAAUGCCUGUGUUAUUCCUGGAUAUGUGAUUGAAGGGACACUUGCGAAGACAAUUAUCAAUGAACCAAAAGAGGUUACACUUACAAAUGGCUUGACUGCUCCUCUGCACAUGCAGGUUCAUUAUAUUUCAUUCUCAGCUCAUGCAGACUAUGCUCAGACAAGUACAUUCUUGAAAGAGCUAAUGCCGCCUAACAUAAUUCUGGUUCAUGGAGAAGCUAAUGAGAUGGGGAGGCUCAAGCAGAAGCUUACCACCCUAUUUGCUGAUCAGAACACCAAAAUUAUUACUCCUAAGAACUGCCAAUCUGUGGAAAUGUACUUCAGCUCUGAGAAAAUGGCAAAAACUAUUGGAAAACUGGCAGAAAAGACCCCCGAAGUUGGUGAAACUGUCAGUGGUUUACUUGUGAAAAAAGGCUUCACAUACCAGAUCCUGGCACCUGAAGAUCUCCACAUCUUCUCACAGCUUUCAACUGCAAAUGUGACUCAGAGAAUUACUAUCCCAUAUUCAGGUGCCUUUGCUGUGAUUAGACACCGGAUCAGGCAAGUUUAUGAGAGUGUCGAGUCUUCAACAGAUGAGGAUUCUGGUGUUCCAACACUACGGGUUCAUGAUAGAGUUCUUGUUAAACAGGAGUCAGAGAAUCACCUUUCUGUGCAUUGGGCAGCAGAUCCUAUUAGUGAUAUGGUCUCAGACUCUGUUGUAGCAUUGGUUUUAAAUGCAAACAGAGAAAUGCCUAAGUUGGUUGUGGAAUCAGAACCUGUAGCAAAUGAGGAGGAAGAUGCAAAGAAAACUGAGAAAAUUAUUCACACACUGUUGGUCUCUUUGUUUGGUGAUGUAAAACUUGGGGAAAAUGGCAAAAUCGUUAUAAAUGUUGAUGGGAACAUAGCGGAACUUGACAAACAGACUGGUGAUGUUGAAAGUGAAAACGAUGGCCUCAAGGAACGAGUUAAAACAGCAUUUAGGCGAAUCACAAGUGCUGUGAAGCCCAUCCCUCUCUCAGCACCUUAGAUUAAGGAUUCAUCGUCAUCAUGAGUAUGUCAGCAUAAAAUACACAACCAUACGCGACAUCUUUCUCAGGAUGUUCCGGCAGUAUACCUUCUACUAACACCACCUUACCAGAUUCUGGCAAAGCUUUCCAACAGUUCUUCAGCAGCUUCAGGCAAUGUUCAUCAUCCCAAUCUUGUAGUAUCCACUGCAAUUUUCAGAGCAAUUUGCUUAGAUCUUGUGUAUAACAAUGAUACCAUCAUUUUCUUCUUUAGCAAGUGGUCUUUACACUAGUA